UACUGUGAAUUCGGCGGUACAACAAAGAAGUGCGAAGAAUGGCUCGAGUCCAAGCACCCCGACCUACACACCAAGCUCUACUCUGAAGCCAACCUCUCGACCCUCUCAGUUGACGCCCAAAAGCGCGCCGAAAAAGACGCAAAGAAAAAGGAAGCCAAAGCCUCUGCCGCCGAAGCCCGCCGCGCCGAAGAACUCGCCACCUCCAAGAUCAUCAUCAAGCGCGUCGAACGUAACAAGCGCAAACACGUCACCGAAGUCUCCGGCUUGGAAGCCUUUGGACUCGACAUCAAGAAGGUUGCAAAGGAGCUGGGCAAAAAGUUUGCGACUGGUUCCUCGGCGACGAAAAUGCCCGGUGGUGUGGGUGAGGUUAUCACUGUGCAAGGAGACUUGAGCGAGGAUAUCUUGGAGUGGUUGUGUGAUAAGUAUGAGCAGGUUCCUGAGGAUAAUGUUGAGUUGGUCGAGGACAAGAAGAAGAAGAACAAGGCUGAGCCGCCCAUGGUUGCGCCUCAAUAG